GCGUGGCCGCGUUAGGCUGCGAGCCAGGCCGGGGCAGCAGUGGGCGGUGUUUGGGGUGCUGGGGUUCGGUUGUUGCAGUCGCGAUGUUCUUCUCCGAGGCCAGAGCCAGGUCGCGGACGUGGGAAGCCAGUCCCUCGGAACACAGGAUGUGGGUGGAAGUAUUUAAGGCAUGUGAUGAAGAUCACAAAGGAUAUCUCAGCAGAGAGGACUUUAAAAUUGCUGUUGUAAUGCUGUUUGGGUACAAGCCCUCCAAGAUAGAAGUGGAUUCUGUGAUGUCUUCAGUAAAUCCAAAUACUUCUGGCAUAUUACUCGAGGGGUUUUUAAAUAUUGUCAGGAAAAAGAAGGAAGCUCAACGGUAUCGGAAUGAAGUAAGACACAUCUUCACAGCCUUUGACACAUACUAUCGUGGAUUUUUAACUUUGGAAGAUUUCAAAAAAGCAUUUAGGCAGGUGGCUCCCAAGUUACCGGAAAGGACUGUUCUUGAAGUAUUCAGGGAUCAGUUCUUUGCUCUUUGAAACAAGAUGAUCCAUCUCACACUGAAAGUUUCCUAUCGUGAAGUUCAGUGUCAUCUAGUCAAUGGAUGAAGUAUAAGUGUUCACAAUGGGAUUUCUACAACACAAAAAGAAGAGGCUGGAUAAAGAAGAUAAACUGAAUAUUGAAACUGUUCCUUUUCUAUUAAAAAAUAACAAAAAAUGUUUUCCCUGUAA